ACGCUUACGAUUUUUGUUGCCGUUUACUUAACACAAACCUCUCCUCAGUUCAUUACUAAACUAAUUUUCUUAAGUUUUAUCUCUCCGAACUACCUUUCCGCAGCUCACUAUUCACCCGAAUUCGUUCUCGCCGCCUAGACGUUUAAACAAUCUGCUGUAGGCAAACUCCUGGCGAGUGCAUUGUGGGAAUGAGGAGGACUUCCUAGCUGCGGGUCGCUGCCCCUGUUAGGACUGUCAAGAGCGCUUUACAGACACAGGAGGUCAGCAAAGUGGACAUCUGUCAGGUGCGAAGAGAAGAAGAAGCUGAACAGAAGAAAAUCAAAAUACAAAUAUUCGUUAAAAGGAAAUGGGAAGUUUGCAUACAGAAGGACUUGAGGUCAACUCUGCCCUAGUUGCUCAGCGUCGAUGCCGGUUUUGUACAACUUUCAGCUAAGUCACAUUUUUAUUAUGAAAGUUUUAAAUAGUCGUAUGGAAAACGUGAAGGAAGAGUUUAAGCGUUUAUUGUUCACUUCUAGUUACUGAAUCUGAUACAGACUCUUUGAAUUUGAAGGUGGUGUAUUCAAAACGAAUAUAUGACUUUAAUACACGCGUCUUUUUCUCUUUGCCACAUUCCCGCACAUCCAUCUUUAUGUCUCCCAUACCUUGUCAUUCUUUGAAGCUGCAAUAAGAAUUCUGGACGCCUACUCACCAUCGGUUUCUGCAGGCUUUUGUGAAUUUUCGUAAAUAACACAACAUUCUCAAAUCCACUUAAUCCAAAAACAGGAAAGGCAACUGUUUUCAGUAAUAGUUUUUUUUUAUUAAGACAGUAAAAGCAAUGGUUGUAAGAGUAGUCACUUUUCUUACACAUCGUAAUAUUUUGAAGAACUGACAACUAAUCUGUACUUUUUGAAUUGCCAGUGUAUCUCUGCACUUCAUAGGAAAAGGGAGAGUGUAAGAGGACACUUAUAAGUCAAGUUGUUUCUCCCUGAUGUUGUCUGGUACUAGUAAAUUUCCAUCCCCCGGUACUGGGGCGAUGGCUGCUCUGCUAAAUCAAGAACUGCCUGCAAAAUUCAGGAAGACAUCCGUCCUCAAAAAAGCUGUGGUUUUACUUACUGCUGCUUAUGGUGUCAAGAAGCUUUACCCCGUUGUAUACCGUCACCUGUCGGGCUUGACUGGGCAGAGAGUUCUUUCUUCUCAAACUAAUGGUGCUCUGCAAACUGCAUCAGGAACAAAAACCCGCUCUCCGAGUGUCAACAAGGAAUUUCUGGAACGUUUGUGGCAUUUGCUAAAGAUUUUGUUCCCCAGGUUUUUCUGCAAAGAAUUUGGCUUGCUGGGUUUACACUCAGUAGCCCUUAUCUCACGGACGUUUCUUUCCAUUUAUGUUGCACAUUUAGAUGGUAAAAUAGUGAAGACAAUUGUGAAAAAGGACCCACGAGCCUUUGUGUUGGAGUUAACCAAAUGGCUCCUUAUUGCAAUCCCUGCUACUUUUGUGAACUCUGCAAUUCGCUACCUGGAGGGGCAACUGUCUUUGUCUUUCAGAACUAGACUGGUCCGGCAUGCAUAUAAGCUCUAUUUCAGCAACCAGACUUAUUACAGGGUUAGCAACAUGGAUGGCCGCUUAGCCAACCCAGAUCAGUCCCUGACUGAAGACAUCGUCAUGUUUGCAGCCUCAGUAGCGCAUCUUUACUCCAACUUGACAAAGCCCAUCUUGGAUGUCAUGAUGACAAGUUACACUCUGCUCAAGACAGCCAAGUCCAAGGGUGCCAACACUACUUGGCCUUCUGCUAUUGCUGGACUUGUGGUCUUCUUGACAGCUAAAGUAUUGCGUGCUUUUUCUCCCAAGUUUGGCAAACUAGUAGCAGAAGAAGCCAGACGGAAGGGUGACCUGAGAUACACGCAUUCCCGUAUCAUCGCCAAUUCGGAGGAGAUUGCUUUCUAUGGUGGCCAUCAGAUUGAGAUGUCACAGUUGCAGCGAUGUUACCAAGCACUAGCUUCACAGAUCAACCUGAUCCUUUUGAAGAGGCUGUGGUAUGUCAUGCUGGAGCAGUUCUUGAUGAAGUACUUGUGGAGUGCUUCAGGACUGGUAAUGGUGGCUGUACCUAUUAUUACUGCCAUUGGGUAUUCUGAGUAUGAUUCUGAAGAGACCAAACAGGCUGCUUUGGAGAUGAAAGAGGAGGACCUGGUCAGUGAAAGAACAGAAGCAUUUACUACUGCAAGAAACCUGCUCACUGCUGGAGCUGAUGCCACUGAAAGAGUUAUGAGUUCAUACAAAGAGGUGACUGAAUUGGCUGGAUAUACUGCACGUGUUUAUGAGAUGCUCAUAGUGUUUGAAGAAGUCCGUAAUGGAGUGUUCAAACGUUCAUCAAGUUGUGAGGUUACUAGCAUGGUUCAAAAAGGAGUUGUAAAACAUGGCAUUCGUAUAGAAGGACUUCUUGAUAUUCAAGGACAAGUGGUUGACGUGAAUCAAGGUAUUAGCUGUGAAAAUAUUCCAGUAAUCACACCAACAGGAGAUGUUGUGGUUGCCUGCCUCAAUAUCAAGGUAGAAGAAGGCAUGCACCUGCUAAUUACUGGCCCAAAUGGGUGUGGGAAGAGCUCAUUAUUCCGAAUUUUGAGUGGACUGUGGCCUGUUUACCAAGGUGUGCUUCGCAAACCACCACCGGAGCAUAUGUUUUAUAUUCCACAAAGACCUUAUAUGUCAGUAGGAUCACUACGAGAUCAGGUAAUUUAUCCUGACACCCUUGAAGAAAUGAGCAGAAAAGGUUUCAAGGAUUCUGACCUGGAGCAUAUUCUGGAUAUUGUAAACUUGCGUUACAUUCUUCAAAGAGAGGGUGGCUGGAAUGCUGUUAGUGAUUGGAAGGAUGUCUUGUCGGGUGGAGAGAAGCAACGAAUGGGAAUGGCUCGUAUGUUUUAUCACAAGCCAAAGUAUGCCUUGUUGGACGAGUGCACAAGUGCUGUUAGCAUUGAUAUUGAAGGCAAGAUUUUUCAGGCUGCAAAGGAUGCUGGGAUAGCAUUAUUGUCAAUUACCCAUCGUCCCUCUCUCUGGAAAUACCACACCCAUCUUCUGCAGUUUGAUGGUGAAGGGGGCUGGAAAUUUGAGAAGUUAGAUACAGCAACCCGUCUCUCUCUCACCGAAGAGAAACAGCGGCUUGAGGUGCAGCUUGCUGGGGUCCCUAAGAUGCAAAGGCGACUGACUGAUCUUUGCAGGAUGUUGGGAGAGGACAGCAAUGUAUCUGAAUCCACUGAAAAUGAAGACAACGAAAAUCUGAGCAGUAGCAAAUUACAUAUAUCUGAUGAGUGAAAGGAAAAAGACCUAAAAUCUAUAGGGUCAUAGUUGACAAUCUAAAUAUAUACAUUAGAACAGUUGGCAGUUCAUGGUGAGAUGGACAAUAAAAUAAAUAAGUAUUUUAACGCAUAGAUUUAAUGAGAAUGACAACAAAGGAUACAUAUGUAGGAAAAAUGGUUGAUUGAAGAUUUUUCAGCCCAGUAAUGCUUUUUCUAUUUCUGUCCAUUAGACCUGAUUAAUCAAUUUUCAGAAUUGUGGGUGGUCAAAGCACAUCAAGGCAACAUUGGGUGCAAGGCAGGUAACUACUCUGGAUGUGGUGCUAAUUCAUUGCCUUAUCCUCGCACACGUCCACACUCACAAAGUGCAAUUUAAAGUAACCAUUUAACCUAUCACGAUUGUCUUUAUUGAUCUGUAUUCUUAGUUUAUCUGUAUAGAUUUCUAUCUAUCUAUCUAGAUUUACUGAAACUAAACUGUGCCUGCAUAGGCAAGUUGGAAUGUAAAAAUUAAUAACGGGUAAAAGCCUCUAAAAAUUCUUAUAGGCAAGUACAAAUCUUGAGUCCCAAUGCAAAGCUCAAGAGAUUAAAAAAGGUUUUGACACAAAAAAGAAGCACAGAGUGAGGACUGGUGUCUUGUAAUUUAAGCAGCUAGAUGUGUUUAAACAACCCUUGGCUGAUGGCUGAAUAAUUACUGUUAGAUGGCAAUGGAAGCAGGAGGCUUGAUAGAAAUAUCAUGCCGGGUGCCUGACAAUUUAAUACUGUGGAAUUUUCUCAAACCCCAGUGCUUAUAGUUUCCCUUAACAUAAUACUGAUUUAAAAAUCAGAAUGCACAUAUUUACAUUAUUUCAUUAUAUUGCCAUUUCAAUCUAACCACUUAAUUAUGAACUUUUGUUAAAUCUUUGAUAAUGACAGAGGAACUACAUUCAAGUGGUGUGCUAUAAAACUAACCUCUAGAAAAUAUGUAUUUUACAAUAUAUAAGCAAAACUAUAUAAAUAUCUUUAAAAAACGGUCCUAUUGUGGUAUGCAUCAUGGAGGCACAGUGGUUAAUGCUGCUACUGCACAGAUCCAGGAAAUAGGUUUAAUUAUACAUUGUCUAUGGAACUGACACAUUAUCCUUGUGCUUGUAUGGGUUUUCCUUGGGGAUUCCAGCUACCCCAGACAGUUGAUGUGCAUGUCUGAGUGAGUGUGGUUGUUGGUCAGAGACUGUUGUCCCACCUAGGCUGUGGUCUUUGCUAGAGCUUGAUGCUGCCAACUUCAGCUUGAUGUGACCCUCAUAUGUGGAAAAAGAAAGCUCAGAACAUGGGUGAAUGCCAUGGUUUUGAGUGGCAUGAUGGCAUGGCGGUUAGUACUGCAGUUUUACAGUUUAAUAAACCAGACUGUGCUCUCCAGGCUAGUCACCAUCUGUGAAGUCUGUUUAUCCCAUGGACCAGAGAUUUUUUAGGUUGUGUUAAAUGGCAGCUGAGUGCUGUCCUGGUAUAUGAGAGUGUGCCUUGUGAUAGACUGAUAUACUAUUGAACAUUUAAGGUUGGGUACAAUACUAUAAAGACAGGGUUUCUGUCACCCUGUACUGGAGAAAAAAUGUUUUGUAAAUGGAAGGGUGUUUGGGUUGUAUAGUUAUGCUUAAUGUGAAAUGCCAGUUAAAAAAUUAAAAAGCCUCCAAGAAUGUGAAAGUAAAGGUAUGUAAAUAUAUUGGUCUUAAUUAAGUGCCACUGGGUUUCCUUCUUAGGAUCUCCUGUCUAUAGUAUUAGCUGGAAAAGUCACAGUUUUAGUCUUCUAAGGAUUCUUAUAUUCUUCACUUCUUCAUUGAUACUGUUGAACCUUGUUGUUAAUUGCAUCUUGUUAUUUGCUCAUAUUUAGUUGUUUUUAAUUUAAAUGCCAUAAAUGUUUCAGAUGUUAAUUCUAAAUAAUAUAUAAAUAUCUGAUGGUUUUAGAAGGAAACAUAUAUUUAAAACUUUCUACCUAGUAAAAAAUGCCUUGUCCUUUUUAUUAGACUGAUUCAGAGAGAAGAAUGCUGAAUACUAACAGAUAAUUUGCAGAUAGUUAGGCCCGGGCACUUUGUUUGAGCAUUACAGUCUUUGUAAUGUGUGGUAUGGAUUCUUACUGCAGUUUUGUUAUGUGUUACAGUUGAUUAAACCUUUUUGUUCUUA